GAUCAAAGGAUUUGUAUCCCACUGGACUGCAAGGUCUAUAGUUCAUGGCAAAAAAACUCAUCAAAAAGAACAUUUUAGUAGUAAGUCUCAGUUUGAACUCAGGGUAUUCCAUAUUCGUGGAGAACAUGCCGUAUCAACUGCUCAGCUUGAGGAAACCAUUUUACACCUGAAGAAUGAACUUGAUAAUAAAUUAAACAGAAGAAAUGAAAAAGCAAAGGAUAUUGCUGUUUCUACUGAAGAUGAUAACCCACCAAAGACAUAUCGAAAUGUAUGUAUACAAACUGACAGAGAAACUUUCAUAAAGCCUAGUGAAGAAGAAAACAGAGCCGUGAAAAAUAACCAAAUAGUACCCAAAAAGCUUAAUAUUUCUUCUUUGUCACAUAGUAUUUCUGCUCAAAGUGAAAAUAAGGACAGUUACAAUGUACAGUCUUCAGAAAGUGUCUUAUCUUGUCAACCAAAACAAAUGCUGACUCCUCUGUCACUACCACCACCACCACCACCACUACCACCACCACCACCACCUCCUCCUCCUCCUCCUCCUCCCCUUCCUGAUAAUUCACUACCAGGUUUAGUUCCUCCACCACCACCUUUGCCAAUGGCUCUGACUUCACUGACAUCUCAGUUUGGAUCUGAUCCACCACUGCCACCUCCACUUUCUGAAGGCUGUAGGAAUUUUCAAGCACCACCGCCGCCGCCACCACCACCGCUUCCAGGGUUGGGACCUCCUGUUCCUCCUCCACUGCCUGGAUCUGGGUUACCUCCACCUCCUCCACCUCCUGGGCCUGGGUUCUUUUUUAAUAGCACUUUAUCUUCAAACCAAGGUCCUCGAAAACCCGCCAUUGAACCUAGUCGUCCCAUGAAGCCUUUGUAUUGGACACGGAUACAAUUACAAGGCAGCAGAAAAACUGCUAUGCCGACAUUAUGGGAAUCACUAGAAGAACCUGAUAUACUUGAUACUACUGAGUUUGAAUAUUUAUUCUCCAAAGACAACACUCAGGAAAAAAGAAAACCAUUGUCAGAGACUUAUGAAAAAAAAACCAAGGCCAAAAAGAUUAUCAAACUGUUGGAUGGAAAACGGUCUCAAACUGUAGGAAUUUUAAUAUCCAGUUUGCACUUGGAAAUGAAGGAUAUUCAACAAGCUAUACUGUGUGUUGAUGACUCUGUAGUAGAUCUGGAAACACUGGAAGCACUAUAUGAAAAUAGAGCACAAAAGGAUGAGCUGGAGAAAAUCACGCAAUAUUAUCAGACUUCAAAAGAGGAGGAACUGAAGCUUCUAGAUAAACCAGAACAAUUUUUGUAUGAAUUAUCUCAAAUCCCAAACUUCACAGAACGAGCUCAGUGUAUCAUCUUCCAGUCAGUUUUCUCUGAAGGGAUAACAUCAGUGCACCGGAAAGUUGAUAUCAUAACUCGUGUUUCCAAGGCUUUGCUGAACAUGACAAGUGUAAAGGAAAUUUUAGGUUUGAUUCUGGCUUUUGGAAAUUAUAUGAAUGGUGGGAAUAGGACCCGAGGUCAAGCUGAUGGAUUUGGUUUGGAAAUACUCCCCAAACUAAAGGAUGUCAAAAGCAGAGAUAAUGGUAUUAAUCUUGUGGAUUAUGUCGUCAUGUAUUACCUACGUCAUUGUGAUAAGGAAGCAGGAACAGACAAGAGUGUUUUUCCUUUACCAGAACCACAGGAUUUUUUCCAGGCCUCCCAAGUUAAGUUUGAAGACCUAAUAAAAGACUUAAGAAAACUGAAGAGAGAUCUAGAAGCCUCUGAAAAGCAGAUGAAGUUAGUUUGCAGAGAGUCUUCUGAAGAGCAUCUCCAGCCCUUCAAGGAGAAACUAGAGGAAUUCUUCCAGAAAGCUAAAGAAGAACGUAAAAAAGAAGAGGGCAGUUUGGAAAAUGCACAAAAAUGCUUUGAAGAAACAGUGGGAUACUUUGGGAUAAAGCCCAAGCCUGGCGAGAAGGAGAUCACACCAAACUACGUUUUCACGGUUUGGUACGAAUUCUGCAGUGACUUCAAGACCAUUUGGAAACGAGAGAGCAAAAGCAUUUCCAAGGAACGAAUUAAAGUAGCCCAGCAAUCAGUAAGCAAGUUAACUGGAGAGAAGAAAGUUGAAACAAAGAAAAUCAAUCCUACAGCCAGCCUGAAAGAGAGACUACGUCAAAAGGAAGCCAAUGUGACUGCCAACUGA